AUGGCUCAAAAGUUGGUUAUCCUAUUUGGACUCUUCGUGUACGUCAACUGCUCGUUGCUGCAUCAAGUGCCUAUACCGGUCUACCUGCCGCUGCAAUACCAAGAGCCAACGCCCAACUACAACUUCGCCUACGAGGUCGGAGUCGCCCACAACGGAGAUUAUAAGAGACAUCACGAGAGCCGAUUAGGAGAUGCAGUGCUGGGCCAGUACUCCCUCCUGCAACCUGACGGGGUGACGAGAACUGUUGAUUACAGAGCGGACGAUCAUAACGGAUUCAGCGCAGUAGUCAGCAACGCCGGUAGACCAAACAACGACCUCUCAGAUAGACAGGUGGAAAACGUUAACGAUGCACCCGGAAGACAGUCGGAAGAAAAACAAACGGAGCAACCCUGGCAAUCGAACAACGACCAACAGGUCACUCAGGCACCUUCGACCUUAGCACAUACUUCCCUCAUCCACCACGUUAUACGCAAAUGGUCA